AAGUAUUAAAUUCUUCAUAGUCCGAAAUUCGAUUUCUAAGUUUACAAUCGUCCGGUUAAAAGCAAUAAUUAUCGUGCAGUGAUUAAACAAGCCUGCUGUUCUUGAAAAGAACAAAUGAGCAGAUGAAAUGGUGUCUAGAAAGUGGCAAACACUGUUUGAGCGUUAAAUUCUGCUACGAUUCUCUUUGAGACGGAGAAAUAGGGUGAAUUGAAGACCACCAUGGUUGAAAGACAAGAUGAACAGACCACCACCCCUUUACUCACAGAUAUUCCAUCAUCUUCUACUGAAUCCAAUGGGUCUUUCAAGAGGACAGGGAAUGUGUGGACAGCAAUUGCCCAUAUAAUAACAGGAGUAAUAGGGUCUGGGGUGUUGUCACUGGCAUGGAGUGUGGCUCAGCUAGGUUGGAUUGCAGGUCCUACAUUCAUGGUGGUAUUUGGAGUAGUAUCCAUCAUUUCUUCACUUCUUCUUUGUGAUAGCUAUAGAUCUCCUGAUCCUGCAUAUGGGCCUGCCCGAAAUCGAUCUUAUGCUGAAGCUGUGAAGUCCUACUUAGGAAGAAAGAGCAUGUGGGUAUGCCAGGUUUUUGUUCAAGAAAGCUAUUAUGGAUAUGGGAUUGCCUAUACAAUCACAUCCGCCAUCAGCAUGAGAGCAAUUCAGAGAUCCAACUGUUUCCACAAGCAAGGGCACAAUGCUCCAUGUGAAUAUAAUCAAAGCUUAUUUACAUUGCUAUUUGGAGCAAUUCAGGUUGUGUUCUCUCAGAUACCUGAUUUCCAUAACAUGGAAUGGCUCUCAAUAAUUGCUGCAAUCAUGUCCUUCUCCUAUACCUCUAUUGGACUUGCCCUAGGCUUUGCAAAAGUAAUAGGAGAUGGACAGAUUAAAGGGGACAUCAGAGGAGUUCCUACAGCUACUAUAACUCAAAAAGUAUGGCUUGCUUCUCAAGCACUCGGGGACAUCGCUUUUGCUUUCACAUAUAACAUCGUUCUUUUGGACAUAGAGGACACCCUGAAGUCACCACCACCAGAAAACCAAACAAUGAAGAAGGCCUCAACAACAGCUAUUCUUCUUACGACCGUCUUCUUUCUUUGUUGUGGAUGCUUUGGAUAUGCUGCGUUCGGCAACCAGGCACCUGGAAAUCUAUUGACGGACUUUGGAUUCUAUGAACCAUACUGGCUUGUUGACUUUGCUAAUGCAUGUGUGGUUCUUCAUCUUGUUGGUGGAUAUCAGGUUUACAGUCAGCCAUUGUUUGCUGCAGUAGAAAGAUGGAUAUCAAAGAAGCGUCCGGAUAAUGGAUUUGUUCAUAAUACUUAUGACAUUAAACUCCCAUUACUGCCUGUUCUGCGGUUAAAUCUUCUCCGGCUAUGCUUUAGAACUGCUUAUGUUGCAUCCACGACAGGACUCGCCAUACUCUUUCCUUACUUCAACCAAGUUUUGGGAGUGCUGGGUGCCUUAAAUUUUUGGCCAUUGGCCAUAUAUUUCCCUGUGGAGAUGUACCUUGUGCAGAGCAAGAUAAGAGCUUGGACUGGACUGUGGAUAGCUCUUCAGGUUUUCAGGGUUCUCUGCUUGCUGUGCACUAUAUUAGCCUUUGUUGGGUCCCUUGAGGGGCUCAUAAGCAAUGCAUUAAGCUAGGAAAAUUGGGUUUUCCAUGAGUGCUUCUGCUGAUUUUUAUAGCCUGAGGCAUUGAGGUUUUUGUAUAUCGUCUGAAAUUGCAGCCAAACAACAGAGUCAUUAAUGAGUAUCAUUUUUUUCUGCAUUGUACUGCUGGGAUACUGGCAAUGUGAGAUAAUGCAAUGGCUUUCUUCUAGUGUAAACUGUAAACCAUAAUCAUAUCCAAUGUGGAAUAAAGACAGUCUAAAUGUUGGUGUGGGAAGAGAAGUUUGUGCAAGUAUCAAUGGAAG